UGGAAAGUUAGUGAUCCGUAAUCCCAUCUGGCGCACGCGCAUUGAACACUCAGAACAUCAUGGCGGACACCAAGAAAAAAACUCCAGAGACGGAGAAGAAGAAAGAUGCGACUAAAGAGACUAAAGACAAGAAGGAGAAAGGAGAAAAGGAGCCAGAGCUGUCUGAAGAUGACAAACUGCUGCAAGAGGAGCUGACCAUGUUGGUGGAGCGGCUGGGGGAAAGCAACACCAAAUUGUACAAGCCAGCUCUGGAAUCCCUGCGGAAGAUGAUCCGAGAAUCCACCAGUUCCAUGACGUCUGUUCCCAAACCUCUCAAGUUCCUGCGGCCCCACUACAACACACUCAAGACUGUGUACGAGAAGAUGCAAGGGGAAAACAAGCGCUUCUGUGCGGAUAUCGUGUCAGUCCUUGCCAUGGUGAACAGCGAUCAGAGGGAGUGUCUGAAGUUCCGCAUGUUGGGAUCCAAGGAAGAGUUGGGCUCCUGGGGACACGAAUAUGUCAAACACCUGGCGUCCGAGAUCGCGACGGAAUGGCAGGAGCUUGGAGACGAGGACGCGGCCAGGAAGGACCAGCUGAUCACGCUGGCGAAGGAGAUCGUCCCGUACAACAUGCAGCACAACGCGGAGGCAGACGCCUGCGACCUGCUGAUGGAGAUAGAGCGGCUGGACCUGCUGGAGAACUAUGUGGAUGAGAGCAUGUACCAGCGGGUCUGCCUCUAUCUCACCAGAUGUGUAGAGUAUGUACCAGAACCAGAGGACGCCAUGUUGCUUCGGACUGCCCUCAACAUUUUCCGCAAGUUCAACCGCUACCCAGAGGCCCUGCGCUGCGCAGUGAAACUGAACGAUACGGAACUUGUGAAGGACAUUUUCACCACAUGUAAAAGAGGGUUGGUACAGAAACAGAUGGCCUUCAUGCUGGGCAGACAGCAGGUGUAUGUGGAGUUACCAGAUGAACUGGAGGACUUCGAUGACCUGAUGGAGAUCAUGUCUAACGUUCAUCUCAAUAACAACUUCCUGGCGCUGGCUAGAGAGUUGGACAUCAUGGAACCAAAAGUUCCAGAAGACAUCUACAAGUCUCAUUUGGAGUCAACAAGACCAGGGUUUGGAGCCAGCGGGGCCCAGGUGGACUCUGCACGACAGAACCUGGCCUCCUCCUUCGUUAACGGCUUCGUUAAUGCAGGUUUUGGACAGGACAAACUCCUGAUGGAGGAUGGUAACAAAUGGCUGUACAAGAACAAAGAACAUGGCAUGAUGAGUGCGACGGCAUCCUUAGGUCUGAUCCUACUGUGGGAUGUGGACGGGGGUCUGACACAGAUCGACAAGUACCUCUACUCUUCAGAGGACUACAUCAAGUCUGGUGCCCUGCUCGCCUGCGGUAUCGUGAACUCGGGAGUGCGUAACGAGUGUGAUCCCGCGCUGGCCCUCCUGUCGGACUACAUCCUGCACAACAGCAACACCAUGAGAACAGGCGCCAUUCUGGGACUUGGUCUUGCCUAUGCUGGGUCCAACCGAGAUGAUGUUCUACAGCUCCUUCUACCUGCCAUGGGAGAUUCCAAGUCCAAUAUGGAGGUAGCUGGUAUUACAGCCCUGGCGUGUGGAAUGAUCGCCUGUGGCUCUGGGAAUGGGGAGGUGACAUCUGUCAUCAUGCAGACACUGCUGGAGAAGUCUGCCCUGGAACUGAAGGAAACAUACGGGAGGUUCCUAUCCCUCGGACUGGGGCUACUCUACCUGGGUCGCCAAGAGGCAGUUGAGGUCAUCCUGGCGUCCCUUGAGGUCUUGUCUGAACCCACCAAGAGCUUUGCCAAAACUCUCAUCGACGUCUGUGCCUAUGCUGGGACAGGAAAUGUCUUGAAGAUUCAGCAGCUUCUUCACAUCUGCAGUGAGCACUACGAGGCCAGUAAGGAUGACGACAAGAAAGACGACAAGGACAAGAAAGACAAGGAUAAGGAUAAAGACAAGGAGAAAGCCAAGGAGAAGGAGGACCUGUCUACCCACCAGGCCAUCGCUGUUCUGGGCAUCGCUCUGAUCUCCAUGGGAGAGGAGAUUGGAGCAGACAUGUCACUACGGGCCUUCGGACAUUUGUUGCGUUACGGAGAACCUGUCAUCAAGAGAGCGGUACCCCUGGCACUGGCCCUCAUCUCCGUCUCCAACCCCAAACUCAGUAUCCUGGAGACCCUCAGCAAGUUUUCACACGACUCCGACGCAGAGGUGGCACACAACUCCAUCUUUGCCAUGGGCAUUGUCGGCAGCGGAACCAACAAUGCUCGUCUGGCGGCCAUGCUGCGACAAUUGGCACAGUUCCACGCCAAGGACUCCCUGAAUCUCUUCAUGGUCAGACUGGCACAGGGGCUAACCCACAUGGGAAAGGGCACGAUGACCUUGAACCCGUACCACAGCGACCGUUACCUCCUGAGCCAUGUGGCACUGUCAGGAUUGCUGGCUGUGCUGGUAUCAUUCCUGGAUGUCAAAAACAUUGUGCUCGGGAAGUCCCACUACCUUCUGUACUGCCUGGUGACUGCCAUGCAGCCCCGUAUGCUGGUCACCUUUGACGAGGAGAUGAGACCGCUGCCUGUGGCUGUCAGAGUUGGGCAGGCUGUAGACGUUGUAGGCCAGGCAGGUAAACCCAAGACGAUCACAGGGUUCCAGACCCACACUACACCUGUACUACUGGCUUAUGGAGAGAGGGCAGAACUGGCAACAGAAGAAUACUUGACGCUGACGCCGGUGAUGGAAGGGUUUGUCAUCCUGCGGAAGAAUCCAGACUACGAAGCUUAAAGACACUUCUACAUCUUCUUAUUUGUCAUAGUCAUUAACUUGGAUUUUCCAAGGAAUUCUUACUUUGGACGAAGCAAAACUCAAUUUCAGAUGGCUGGUUUGGUUAAACUCUCUCCUUGCUAGCAACCCAUCCGUACACCAAAUUUAUAUCAGUCACAUUGGAAGCUAGCAGAAGAAGGGUUGAAACAAUGCACUGUCUUACUUCCGAAAA